GAUCUGUGGAAAAAUGUGAUUCAGGAGCGGUGGCGUGUCAUUCAACAGAGUCACCGAUAUGAAAAAGACGAGGGAGAGGCAAACCCCAAUUAUUUCCUCCCUUCUAUACGCCGACUCCACCGAUUUCCUUCCAAUUUGCUUCUAUUAACAUGUCCAAUCUCUCUUACUAACUCUCUCCAAUCCACAAUUUCAAUUCCUCUCUCUGCGAAUUCGCCUAUUUUGCAUUUCAGUUUCGGAAAAAUCCAUUUUCACCUCACUUAACAUGCGAGGCCAGGAUUGGAUUAACAAUUGUCUCCCUGACGGGCUCAUCUUUGAGAUCUUCAGGCACCUCGACUCCAAAUCCACCCGCGAUGCUUGUUCUCUCGUCUGCCGCCGCUGGCUGGAACUCGAGCGCCUUAGCCGCACCACUCUCCGUAUCGGCGCUACUGGCAAUCCUGACCUCUCUGUCAAGCUCCUUGCCCGCCGUUUUCACAAUGUCAAAACCAUUCACAUUGAUGAGAGACUCUCUAUUCCAGUUCCGAUUCAAUUUGGAAGAAGAAGGGGUGGUGAUCAUUCUGCACCAACUCUUAAGCUACACUCUGAGAAAGGUUUAUCAGAAGAUUUGCAGCUUGGAUCAAACGUUUUGUCUGAUGCUGGUCUAAGUGCUCUUGGCGAUUGCUUUCCAAGGCUGGAAAAGUUGAGCUUGAUCUGGUGCUCCACUGUUUCAAGUUUGGGUUUAGUGUCUCUUGCUUACAAAUGCAGUUUCUUAAUCUCUCUGGAUUUACAGGGUUGCUAUGUUGGGGAUCAGGGUUUGGCUGCUGUUGGGAAGUGUUGUAAGCGGCUUGAAGAGUUGAACUUGCGUUUUUGUGAAGGUUUGACUGACACGGGCUUGGUUGAAUUAGCUCAGGGCUGUGGGAAAUCACUAAAGUCUCUAGGUGUUGCUGCUUGUGCAAAAAUAACGGACUUAUCAUUGGAAGCAGUGAGCUCUUAUUGCAAAUCACUUGAAAAUCUGUCUUUGGAUUCAGAAUCCAUCCAUAAUGGUGGUGUUCUUUCUGUGGCCCAAGGAUGCCCUUCUUUGAAAGUCUUGAGACUACAAUGUAUUAAUGUUACAGAUGAGGCUUUGAUAGCUGUGGGAACCCAUUGUUUGUCAUUGGAGUUAUUGGCUUUAAACAGUUUCCAGCGAUUUACUGACAAAGGCUUGCGUGCCAUUGGUGAUGGGUGUAAGAGAUUGAAAAAUCUUACUCUAAGUGAUUGCUAUUUCCUGAGCGACAAGGGUUUAGAAGCAAUUGCCACUGGUUGUAGGGAACUGUCACAUCUUGACGUCAAUGGUUGCCACAAUAUUGGAACGAUUGGACUGGAAGCCAUUGGAAGAUCUUGCCCACACCUCACUGAGUUGGCUCUGCAAUACUGCCAAAGGAUCGGUAAUCAUGCUCUUCUUGAAAUUGGAAAGGGCUGCAAGUUUUUGCAGGCUCUUCAUCUUGUAGACUGCUCUAGUAUUGGUGAUGAUGCCAUUUGCAGUAUAGCUAGAGGCUGUAGGAAUUUGAAGAAACUUCAUAUUCGCCGAUGUUAUGAGAUCGGAAACAAGGGAAUCAUGGCCAUUGGUGAGAAUUGCAAGUCUCUUGUUGAUCUUAGCCUUCGGUUUUGCGAUAGGGUGGGGGAUGAGGCCCUUAUUGCCAUAGGUCAAGGUUGCUCCUUGCAACAUCUGAAUGUUAGUGGUUGCCACCUAAUUGGUGAUGCUGGAAUAAUAGCUAUUGCAAGAGGGUGCCCUGAACUCAGUUACAUAGAUGUGAGCGUACUUCAGAAUUUGGGGGAUAUGGCAAUGGCCGAAUUAGGAGAAGGAUGCCCAUUACUGAAGGAGAUAGUGCUGUCACACUGCCGGCAAAUAACUGAUGUGGGGCUAACACACCUGGUUAAAAAUUGCAGAAUGCUGGAGUCCUGCCAUGUGGUAUAUUGUCCAGGUAUAACGGCAGCUGGAGUUGCCACUGUGGUAUCUAGUUGUCCAAACAUAAAGAAGGUCCUGGUUGAGAAGUGGAAGGUCAGUGAGAGGACCAAAAGAAGAGCAGGCACUGUUAUUUCCUACCUAUGCGUGGAUCUUUAGAUUCCACAUCUUUGUACCCGUAUGUCCUGUCUGCUCUCGGUUGGGUUUCAGUAAAGUUUUGGUUCAACUGUUCAGGCCUUGGAAUUUGAGACGUUUAAAAGUCAGUUGUUCAUCAGCUUCGCUUAUGAUUUUCUCUUUGGGCUUAUAUUUAACUUUUUUUGAUGUAUAAUGUCUUUCUUCUUCGAAGAAGAGCUAAAAAGGUUGUAAUAAAGCACCAUUUAAGAGCUUUUUUUACAAGAGGAGUAUAUAUAUUAGAGAAACGUUUCUUAAAUUUGUAAACUGUUAGAAUCACCAAAAUGUCAAGCGAAAAAUAGAGGAUUCAAGGUUGUUUGUUUAAUAAAAAAUAUUUUUCAUAUUUGCCAAUUAAAAAA